ACGAGCAGCUGAGCAGAGCAACACAGCAUCCGCAGCUACAGCAUCCUGCUGAGGAGUAUGCUCAACGGAGGAGAGGAGGGCUGAAAAAAAGAACAAGUGCUAGAGAGGGGGAAAAAAAAAGGACCGGUGAACAUUUGGAGAGAGACCGAGAGAAGCACAGGAGGAAUAAAAGUGGCAAAAGAAAGGACUUGAGUAAACACCGGCUGCUCGACUGAGGACCACUGCAGCUGUACUAAAUCUGGGGCUGUCAGGCCAACCUCAGCAGAGCAGGGAGGGAGUAAGGCGAAGGAGCAGAGGAGGAGAAGAAGAGAUUCGAAGAGCUGAUCACAUCGAUAUGGACACGUAGGGGUGGGAACCCCAAGAGCUUCUCUGUCAGCGGAUGAAACUUCAGAUAGGUAGGAGUGCUGUUGGACCCCCAGGCUGAGCCCACUUCUGCAGAACAGUGAGGAAAACAAGAGAGUUGGUGUAUCCUCGCACAGAUUGUUUUGACUACUGCACUGCUGAGUUCAGCUCAAGUCUCUGUCCUUUUCCCAAGGACCCCCCUGGUCCUCUCUCACUCCUGCCUGCUGCUGCUGCUGCUGGUGAAUGUCUUCUCUGCAUGAACUCCCACUGCUCGGCAGUUGAACACACUCAUGGUCGAUGCCAAGGGAAGGAACAUGAAAUGUCUGACUUUCUUCUUAAUGCUUCCGGAGUCGGUAAAAAGCAAGUCAAGUAAAAGCUCCAAGAAAGGGAAUGCCAGUGGCAGCUCCAAGCUGCCUCCUGUCUGUUAUGAGAUAAUCACUCUGAGGAGCAAGAAGAAGAAGAAGAUGGCAGCAGAUAUCUUUCCCACCAAAAAGCCGGCGUCCACCACCACAGUGCAACACUACCAGCAGCAGAACAUCAACAACAACAACACCAUUCAGAACUGCAACUGGCAGGGACUGUACUCCACUAUAAGAGAAAGAAACUCAGUGAUGUUCAACAAUGAGCUGAUGGCAGAUGUUCACUUUGUGGUGGGUCAGACUGGAAGAACCCAGCGGUUGCCGGGACACAGAUAUGUUUUGGCUGUGGGCAGUUCGGUGUUUCAUGCCAUGUUUUAUGGCGAACUGGCCGAAAACAAGGACGAAAUCAACAUUCCAGAUGUGGAACCAGCAGCAUUUCUGGCAAUGUUGAAGUAUAUUUACUGUGACGAGAUUGACUUGAGUGCUGACACAGUGUUGGCCACUCUUUACGCUGCCAAGAAGUACAUUGUCCCUCACCUGGCACGUGCCUGUGUCAACUUCCUGGAGACCAGCCUGAGUGCCAAGAAUGCCUGUGUGUUACUCUCCCAGAGCUGCCUAUUCGAGGAGCCGGAGCUGACACAGCGCUGCUGGGAAGUGAUUGAUGCUCAGGCAGACCAGGCGUUACGCUCUGAGGGCUUCUGCGACAUCGACGCCCAGACCCUGGAGAGUAUCCUACAGCGAGAGACACUCAACGCUAAAGAGAUAGUGGUUUUUGAGGCUGUGCUUAGCUGGGCCGAAGCUGAGUGCCAGAGACGGGAGCUCACCUCUUCAACUGAUAACAAGCGCAAGGUUUUGGGCAAAGCGAUGUACCUGAUACGUAUCCCUACAAUGGAUCUGGAUGAUUUUGCCAACGGAGCCGCCCAGUCGGGUGUGUUGACACUUAACGAGACGAACGACAUCUUCCUGUGGUACACAGCAGCCAAAAAGCCUGACCUGCAGUUUGUCAGCCAGCCCAGGAAGGGCCUGGCACCCCAGCGCUGCCACAGGUUCCAGUCCUGUGCCUAUAGAAGUAAUCAAUGGCGUUACCGGGGCCGCUGUGACAGCAUACAGUUUGCAGUAGAUAAAAGAAUUUUCAUAGCUGGGUUUGGACUGUAUGGAUCUAGCUGUGGCUCAGCAGAGUAUAAUGCCAAAAUUGAGUUGAAACGUCAAGGAGUACUUCUGGGACAAAACCUCAACAAAUACUUCUCCGAUGGUUCCAGCAACACCUUCCCGGUGUGGUUCGAGUACCCCGUCCAGAUCGAGCCUGAUACUUUCUACACUGCCAGUGUGGUCCUGGAUGGAAGCGAGCUCAGCUACUUUGGACAGGAAGGGAUGACAGAGGUGCAGAGUGGGAAAGUAACAUUUCAGUUCCAGUGCUCCUCAGACAGCACGAAUGGCACAGGGGUGCAGGGCGGGCAGAUUCCUGAGCUCAUCUUCUAUGCUUGACAUGACCUGUGCACACAUUUGACUCGUUUUCAAAGCACUUAAAAUGAAAAUCAGAAACUGAUUUCUUUCUGCAUAGUAUGACUUUAUGUUAUUUAUUUUUGUCACUAUAUUGGAGAAAAUGUGAUUUCAGACCUGGAAAAGGGUCUCGGACACAGUACUUUUAAUUUUUGUAAAAAGGGACACUUGAGUAGGACUGGGUUUAUUUCAAGAUGAUGGAUUGCUGAGUAUACAUGGAGGAACACAUGGUCAACAAGAUUUAAAAAAAAAUAUCUUGCACUAGAUGUGCAUGUAUAUAUGAAUAUAUGUAAAUUGUGAAAUGUUUAUGAUGCCACAAUUGUAGCCAAUGCUGGCCACAAAGAUACAUGAUGAAUAUGUAUGUCUAAUAUGUCUAUGCUUGCAUAGAAUGCACAUAUAGCGCAGCAAUACUUCACAGUCAGUAUUCUACAAUGAUCAUUUCCUGUGUGGAAAAUGGGUAUUUAUAGAAGUCCAAAAGGCUGAAGGAUACUAAAAGCAGCAUUUCAGGCCAUGGUUACAAGUCAAAAAACAUUGUCUCACUGUAGUGUGCAACUCCAAUUAGACAUUUGUGUUGAAGUGGUUUCACUUGAAUCUGCAGCUUUUUGAUACUUUGAAUCUAGUAGCAGGGCAAUUAGAGACAGCUUGAGGGGUCUUAGUUUAGGAGGCACUAUAUAUAAUAAUGACACACAUAACCCCGACAUUAUCUCUCUGUAGCAUGUUGCUCUGCACUACUCACAUCUCAGUCACUCUAGUGAGGUAUUAUUUAGAUCCGCAUCGUUAUGUUUACAGUUAAAAUUAACAACAUAAUUACCACCAUUCACCCCAGUGAGGUGAAUGGAAGUGAAAGAUUUCUUUGGGGUUUUCUUUGGAAAUCUGUCUGUACUGUAGUACUAACAGCAUGGGCAGAACAGCUCUGUUUCAUCCGAUGUGUGAUAUUAACUGUAUUUGGACCUUGUUUUUUUCUUAGUUACAGCUAAAAGAUUAAAGAUGGAUUUUAAUGUUAAAAGCUGUUUAUCUUACAUUCACUUGUCUCUGUUAAAAAAAAACUCUGGGCACUCUGAAACAUUCCCUCCCAAUGUGAUCAUACAGUGUCAGUAUUUUGCAUCAGCAUUCUGUACAUGCUACAAAAUUGCACUGUGUUGGUUAGUAACUGAAUAUUUUUGUUUUGUUUUCUUAAUUUUUUUAACGAGUAAGGUUUUUUUUUUUUUUUAUUUAAUGUGCUACUGAAUAUUAUUUGAUGUAGGAUAAGCAUCCACAGGAUCUGUCUGCUGAUGACCAUAGAUGGGCAAACUGGUGUUCAUGUCCUGUGUUUACGUGCUACAGUGCUGGGAGACCAACGAAUGUGUAUGAUUGUUGAUGAUGCAAAUAAAAAAAAA